ACCACUCCAAGACGGCGGCUCCGCGUCUCGUCGGCGCCAGUAGGCUGUCGCUCUUAUCAGAUGUCUUCGGCACGCAACGUAGCAGUGUGUUCUCUAAGGCUGCAUCAUUUCCUUCAUUGUUUACCCUAAUACGUAUUUUUUCAUCGAUUUAAAAACUAAACUUUAUUAAUUGUUCGUGUCAGGAUCAACUCAACUCGUCUCAGUGAACUUUGAAGCUUCUCUUCUCAGGCUUAGCUGGCAUGCUAGCUUAGCUUGUUAGCUGCUAACAAAGAGACGACCGGGUGAUCAACACAUCGCUAAGCAGAGAUCAAGUACAUCUGUGAAGAACAUCUUCUCCCAGAGCAGGAGGAGUGGAGCUUCAAAAUGGAGCAUGAGGAGCUGCUGCCCUCCCACAUUAAAGAUGAAGAGAAAGACACACUGACCCCCCACUUUAAAGACAAAGAGGAGGCACCGCAGAACCGGCAUCUUCAAAAGGAAGAGGAGGACCCACUGACAUUCCAUGUUAAAGCGGAAGAGGAGGCGCCAGUGACCCCACACCUUAAAAAGGAAGAAGAGGAGCCAAAAUCCCCUCACUUUAAAGAGGAAGAGGAGGAACACAGGAUCAGUCAGGAGGGAGAGCAUCUUGAAGGACUGAAGGAGUUUGAUGUCACCAAGAUGCCAUUGAUUGGUGUGAUGAUAAAGAGUGAAGAUGAUGAGGUCAAAGGUGAAAAUGUGAACAAAAGAGAGGCAGAGCCUCCAAGCAGCAGGUCAACUCAACACAUGACAACAGAAGCUGAUGGAGACCACUGUAGAGGAUCACAAGCAGACAAGCUCUUAUCUCCACUAUCAGAUAGUGACGUCACAACGUCACACUCUCCUGACAUUGAUGAUGAAGACUCUAAAGCUGAUAAGACAUGUCACACUGACAACACACCCUUGAUAUGUUCUCACUGUGGCAAAACCUUCAAACAACCUAGUUAUCUGAAAACACACAUGCGAAAACACACAGGAGAAAAACCGUUUUCCUGCUCAGAAUGUGGUAAAGGUUUUGCACGGAAAAAUACUUUGAAAGAACACAUGCAAACGCACACUGGAGAAAAACUCUAUUCCUGCUCAAUCUGCGGUAAGGAUUUUGCGAAUAAACAGUAUUUAAAAAUACACACGAGAAUGCACACUGGAGAAAAACCUUUUUCUUGUUCAGUCUGCGGUAAAAGUUUUAUUCAAGGUCAAUAUUUGAAAGUACACAUGAGAACACACACCGGAGAAAAACCUUUUUCUUGUUCAGUCUGCGGUAAAAGUUUCACACAAAGUCAGUGUUUGAAAAUACACAUGGGAACACACACUGGAAAAAAACCCUAUACCUGUUCAGUAUGUGGUAAAAGUUUUGUUCAAAGUAACAAUUUGACAAAACACAUGAAGAUACAUACUGGAGAGAAACCUUUUUCCUGUUCAGUCUGUGAUAAAGGUUUUAUACAAGGUCAAUAUUUGAAAAUACACAUGAGAAUGCACACUGGAGAAAAACCUUUUUCUUGUUCAAUCUGUGAUAAACGGUUUACACAAAAUCAAUGUUUAAAAAGACACACCCUAUUACACACCGGUGAAGAACCUUUUACCUGUUCAAUCUGUGGUAAAGGCUUUGUACAAAAACAAAAAUUUAAGGAACACAUGAGAACACACACAGGAGAGAAGGUGUUUAGUUGCAGUGUGUGUGAUGAAAAAUUCUCUUAUAAGUAUCAGUGUAAGAAACACAAGUGUGCUGGUGAGAGUAGCAGCAGCAAAUGAAGCUGCAUGAUCUGACCUCAACUGUCACGACUGACAGGAUUAUAUAACAUGUGGCAUCAUAUGUGUAUGUGUGUAACAUACUUGUUAAAUUGCUAACAGUUAUAGAAUAUAUUUAGUGUUUGUGUCAGUCAAGCACAUGCAUUAAUAUAACAUAUUGUAUACUUUUUUUUUACAAGAGAAUAAAUAAAAAUUGUGACAGAAAUAUUUGAUAUGUAUAUAUAUAUAUCUAUAUAUAUAUAUAGAUAUAUAUCUAUAUAUAUAUAGAUAUAUAUAUAGAUAUAUAUAUACACACACACUCACAGGUAUAUGCAUCUAUAUAUACUUACAUCUAUAUAUAUGUAUAUGUAUAAACAUGUAUAAAUACAUAUGUAUAUACAUAUAUUAAAACAAACUGUUGUACAUAACUCAUAAUAGUGUUUUUAUAAAGGUUUUUGAAAUAAUGAAGUAUUAUGUAUUUUCAUUUCUAAUUGUAAAUGAUUCCAUAGAUGAAUUCCUUUGUAUGAUACACAUAUUUGUUUUACAUGUGUACAAACCUUUUUGCUUUUGAGUACACAUAAAUCCCUCUUUGUUCAUAUUUACUGGUUCCCUAUCUGAAACAUCUUCCGGACCACUUCUGGAAGCAUAUUAUUAUUUUCUUUAUACAUCAUUUGAGCAGUUGUUUUAUACAAGAUCAUUUACUUGUUGUUGGGUCUUGAUCACACAUUGUAAUAGUUAUUUUUAUUACUCUUUUGUGUUAUGGAUAUUGUUUUAUAUGUAUGUCCCCAGACCUUUAUGUAAUAAACAAUGUAUUCAACUAAAAUUAGGUUCAAUAAAUGCAGUUAAUAUUU